UGGUUAUUCCGAGGGUGCCCAAAUCCUUUCUUCCCACAUUCCAUCGAUCAUCUCCGAUCUCUCACCGAGAGAGAGAAAGAAAAAGAGAGAAAACGAUGACCCAAGAUGUGGAGAUGACGGAGCCCCAGGCGGCGCCGCUGGCCGCCGCUGCUUCCUCCAACUCCGCCUCCUCCGCCACCGCCUCCUCCGCCCUCCAGCAUUUGAAGGAGAUCGCGGCGCUGAUCGGGAACGGGGCGUACGCCAAGGAGGUCCGGCGGAUUGUCCGGGCCGUGCGCCUCACCAUGUUGCUCCGCCGCAAGCUCCGGGCUCCCGCGGUCGCCGCCUUCCUCACAUUCGCCCUUCCCCCCGGCUCCGAGGCCCAAUCCCGGCUCUCCUCCUAUCUUCCCAAGGAAGACGAACAUGAAAUGGAUGUGGAUAUGGCAACUUCGGCUGGUCAAGUUCCUUUUAAGAACUCUCUACCAGAGCUUGAGAUCUACUGUUAUUUGCUUGUGGUGAUAUUUUUGAUUGACCAAAAGCGAUACAAUGAGGCUAAAGCUUGUUCCUCUGCAAGUAUUGCUCGCCUUAAGAAUAUGAAUAGAAGAACUGUUGACGUUUUAGCUUCUCGGCUGUACUUUUAUUAUUCCUACAGUUAUGAACUUACAAACAGUCUAGCUGAAAUUCGUGGGCCCCUCCUUGCCUUGCAUCGCAUGGCCACCUUACGGCGUGAUGAGCUGGGUCAGGAAACCCUUCUCAACCUGCUACUUCGCAAUUACCUUCAUUAUAACUUGUAUGACCAGGCCGAGAAACUGAGGUCAAAGGCCCCGCGUUUCGAAGCACAUUCCAAUCAGCAGUUCUGCCGCUACCUGUUCUACUUAGGAAAGAUCAGGACCAUUCAGUUGGAAUAUACUGAUGCCAAAGAAAGCCUUCUGCAAGCUGCUCGAAAAGCUCCUGCUGGAGCAUGGGGUUUUCGAAUCCAAUGCAACAAGUGGGCUGUGAUAGUCCGCUUACUUCUAGGGGAAAUCCCUGAGAAAACUGUUUUUAUGCAGAAAGGCAUGAAGAAGGCUUUGACACCCUAUUUUGAGCUUACAAAUGCUGUGCGAAUUGGAGAUCUGGAGCUGUUUAGGACCGUCGCAGAGAAGUUUGCUGGCACUUUCAGUUCAGAUAGAACCAAUAAUUUGAUUGUGAGGCUGCGCCAUAAUGUGAUCCGAACUGGGCUCCGCAACAUUAGCAUUUCUUACUCGCGCGUAUCCCUGUCUGAUAUAGCCAGAAAGUUGAGAUUGGACUCUGAUAAUCCAGUGGCAGAUGCUGAGAGCAUUGUAGCCAAGGCCAUUAGAGAUGGGGCAAUUGAUGCCACAAUCGAUCAUGCAAAUGGAUGGAUGGUAUCCAAGGAGACUGGUGAUGUCUACUCCACAAAUGAGCCACAGAUUGCAUUCAAUUCGAGGAUUGCCUUUUGCCUUAACAUGCACAAUGAUGCAGUUAGAGCACUGAGGUUUCCGCCAAACUCUCACAAGGAGAAAGAAAGUGCGGAGAAGAGACGAGAGAGGCAACAGCAGGAGCAGGAGCUUGCCAAACAUAUUGAAGAGGAUGAUGAUGAUGAGUUUUGAAUGGGACUUUUAAUCGUCUUUUGUGUGGUUGAUGCUGUUUGAGUAAUUUAUUUUUCGUUGAAGUAAUGGCGAGGACCAAACUUUAUUUCAAGAACCGGCGUUGCAACUUUUUGUAACUUCAUUACAAGUUUUUAUCUGAUAAUACUUAUGGAUUGACCACCUGUUCACAUUUCUGUUGAGCAAAUGGCUCAUCCUUCCGGCA